CCGUAUGCACGUUGUUGUAGUGUACAUAAGCGCGCAGAAAUCCGUUGGUAUUUCUUCCACUCCACAAUGCUAUGCUGUUCUCGUAGAUAUCUUAGUCUCAUCCCCACACGCAAUCUCGCACUAUCAACUUUCACUCGAAGUUUUGCUACCGGAUCUUCCGAAGAGGGAAAUGCGCUUAAAAUAAAACCUAAAUCUACGACUGCUCUUCGGCGUACGGCUUCAGCUUCACUACCCAUCCGGGCAAACCCGACUCCUACUAGAAGCAGUAUCGAAACUGUAUUUACUCUAGCCACCGCGCAAAAAUACCUUCUUUCUCGCCUCCAAAACCAUCUGUAUUCUGGUCACUUACUUACCGGCGCUCGAGUUCUACAUGAAGCUUUCUGGAUUCCAAAUUGGAAGCAGGGAGAAAUCUUCGUCUUUGGUAAUGGAAGCUUUGUAUGCUGGGGCCUUGGAGAGAAAGACGCGCGUAAUUUCGAAUCUGAGGUAUUACGACCGGUCCCUGGCUUUCAAGUAGCAUUAUUAAAGGAAGCAGAAACCGAAGAACUGGAAUUCGUAACUGACCGGACAGAAGAAACCCGUCUUCAAGGUGACUUGAUCAUAUUAGGAAAAACGACGCCCCUCGACACUAAGGACGCAUCACUCUCCACAUUACCGCCCAUGGUCUUCCCUCGAGAAACAUUAUACGCUCGAUACGCGUUCUCCCAAGCAUUGUCGCGUUCUACAGCUCUUUCCGGGCUUGAGGUGUCAUUGGAUGAUUAUCUAUCUUCGAUGACGCAUCUGCCCCAUGCUCUCGAGGAAACCGGGAAGCCUGGAAUGAGUCGCAAGGCGCUCAUCAAGAAACUGGGCGAAUUAAUGAAAUUCAGGCAAGGACUGAACCUGAACAGGGAGAACUUUAGCGACAUUCCUGACUUUUAUUGGACUGAACCAGAACUAGAACGAUACUUCAAGUCGAUGAGCGAUGCUUUGGAAAUCAAGCUCCGCACGGAUUUGGUAAAUGACAAAAUCACGUAUGCUGCCGAAGCACAAUCAGUAUUGAGACAAUUAUUGACGGAGUCGUCCUCGCAUAAUCUUGAACUUAUUAUCAUAGCUCUGAUUGCUGUUGAGGUGGUUGUGGCACUUGUUCGCGACGGGCCAGAACUUUGGGAGAUGCUCAAGGGAGACUCAGCAAAGAAAGAAUCAAAGGAAACUUGAUGCUGAACAAUUGUUUUCUCAAUCUUGUCUUGUCCUUCCUUUUGGGUGUUUAUUAUAUGUUUUAUGAUCUUAACCCCAAAAAAUCACCUGUCUGCUCAACGUCAAAUCUUAGCUGUCGAGGUCAAAGGUGGUGUUCUUGAACCUACUUGCUCACUGACACACCCUACAAUAGAGUUGCACAGAAUCACACAGU